CGACACAUGCACGAUGCGUGUCGCGCGGAUCACGCCGAGAUAAUUUAUCAGUCAAAAAUAACGGUCCGCCGCGUGACAUUCUCGACGGGAUGUCGCGCGUCCUCGCUCUCUCCGCGCGAGAAUCGCGCUCGCGAAACGUGUCCCGACGAGCGAUAUUUUUGGGAUAGAUGUCACAUCGCGUCUCUCUCUCGCUCCUGUUCUCCUUCCUCGCGAUGCUCUGUGUGUGCGUGCGCGCGCGGAUGUGUGCGUGCGUUUAUUCGAUUUGCAACGUUUCCGUGUGUGCGUGCGUGUGCAUACGGACACACGCGAGAUCUCCCGUCCCGACAUGAUACGACGAGUCGCAUACGCGGCUUCUCGCUCGUGUCACAGCGGUACGCACCCUUUAAACCGACGUCGGUGAGACCGCGGGUAACGUGUGUAUGCGUGCGAGAUACUUGGUGUUUGUCGUAAAUGUUGCAUCGAGACCCGUCCGUAUACGUAUAUCGUUACGUUUCUCACACGAGUGGCGUUAGCCCACGAUGAUGCUCGACAACAUAUUCCGCGGCUUUAACGGCAUAUGAGUGUCUUCGUAUUCUUGUACGUUCACACACGUACGUGCUCUCUUCGCGAUCGAGAUAUUUGUAUCUUCGUCGAUUAAUGCGUCGGCAGUUUGAAAACAAAUUCGAUUAACGUCCCGUUGAGGAUUCGUGCAUCGAUUGUAUGUAUUACUCUUGAUUUUAUUCCGACAGAUUUUCACUCGCGAUUCGUAUUUCGAUACAUAUAUCGUAAGACAGAGAAUUAAAAUUGCUCCCAUAUAAGUUACACAGCACACACAUGCACUCCUACGUAGUUUAAUAUGAUGUAUUUUAUUGACGCAUGCAAAGUAUAGACGAAUCUCUACAAUUAAGGCAAUGGAAUUUGUUAACGCACACGAUGUCAAAUGAUUCUUUUAAUUCUUUGGGCACUAGAAAUUUAUUAACUGGUUUAGCAGUUGGUAUGGCAAAAUAUACAGCCUAAACCCAAAUUAUCACGGAUAUGGAUAUUUUUAAUCUAAUAACAAAGACUACUCAUUAAAAAGUAAUUUUGGUCAGAAAAGUUUUAAUUUCAUCAUCCGGAGAAGAGAAUGAUAAUGUGACUUUUAUUAACUUUACAUCGGAGCAAAUUGGAUAAGAAGAAGCGCAACAAAUAGGUGAAGUAAUUUUGUGAAGUAAAGUUUUAAAUAAAGUUGGUUAUGUGCAAUGCCGAGAUGCUACAAUGAUAGCAAGACAGUGAGUUCAGUGAACAGCAAUCAUAAGCAUAGUACAGACGAUAUUGUAUUAACGCAAUCGCAUGCUUUCCCGAUUGGAAGUCAUUUGGAAAUAGAAGAAGACCCACCUGUAGUUGAAAGAUCUCACAGGCGACUUCGGUGUGAUUUAAGUCCUGUUCCAACAAGCACAAAUUCUAAUUUCAACAUAAAGCUUCUUGGUUUAAAGGGUGACAAGAAUACUCGUCAGGAUCAUCAGGUGAGCACUGGAUCUGGGGGGCACAGAGACAGAGAUAGAGAUAUUAAAAAGAGAGCAGCUAUAGGCAAUACAGUGCGUGGAUUUCUCUCAUCUGGCCACAGCAGGCAGGACAGGUAUGAGACAAAUAGGCAACGUUCUUCAGGCGGAACUGGCGGUGGUCUGUCUAGUUUAUGUCCUAAGUUGGUGGCCAGUGGAAGUAGUAGCAGUCAAAGUAGUGGCAUCAGUUUGGCAGUGGGCCACUUAGCCUCUCAGGAAACUGGAGGCACUUGCACAGUUGUUACAACUCAAAAGAUUCACAGUCACGCACAUAAUCAUAGACGCCAAAGAAAAUUAUCUAUUGUCACACAGGCAGGUCCUAGUGCCAACAUUACUGGUGAUAGGAAGGUGUUAAGUCGUUCUGCUAGCAUCUCCAAAAAGCAAGUACGAACACAGAGACAUGAACAGAAUGCUGAUUCUUUAUCUUUAACUAGUAAUGGUCUUGCGACUAAUUCACCAUCUUCCAAAAAGAAAAUAUUAUCUGUUCUGCAUAUAUCCGAUAGGUCAUCUGUCCAAAGUGUCAAUUCAUUAUCCUUAGAUCAUGAAAAUGAUCGUAGUUUUAGUGAUGCUGAAGAAGCAAUUGCAGCAGUUGAAAAUGCGGCACAAGAAUGUAACAACCUAUCAGAAAAUGCUACAGAUGUACAACACAUGACUUCAAAUGAAUUUGAACAAGAAGCUGCUAUAUCAAUAAAAUCACCUACGGUAUCUAAGUCACAUGGAAUUAAUCAGGAAAGUAUUACAAAUAAUAAGCAAAAAUUGUCAAACUCCUCAAGUAAUGCUAAAUUGAAUAGUAUUAGCGAUCAAAAAGUUUUGAAGCAUAAAAAUACAAAUUCUAGAGAGAAAAUGAAGCAUCAUACUAGUAAAAAUAUUGAAGCGGUUAAUGUAGAAAAGGAAUUAGAUGAUACGAUAUCAAUAGACACAGAGAAUUCCACAGAUAGUAAUAGCAAGGAUAAACGAACGAAAAGUGGAAAAUCUAUGGAAUAUACAGAUAGUGGGGAUGAUGGUACAGAUAAAGAAAUCACGGACACUUCAAAGACUGUAAGCGGCGAUAAAAAAGAGAUGGAAGAUAAUGCUGGUUUAAAUGAGGAAAUAAUUAAGAGUUCGAGAUUUGUAACGUCAAAGGUGGAAGAGAUAACGGAAGCGGAUAACAAGACGGCGGAUGUAGAAAAGGUAGAAGAGGAGGAACGAGUAACGAUAUACGAUGAUGACGGUACGAGUAUCAGCGAUAUAGUAGCGGCACAGGCGCUUCACGAAUCGUUAAGUAAAUUGGGCAAAGUUCCACCGUUAGACACUGAGAUGGAAGAGACGCAGAAUACAGAUAUGCGAGACGAAAAAGCAAAUAUGAGACAGCAUCCUGAGAAGGAUAUAGUUACGCAGGAGGAAACGGUGGAAGGCUUUAUCGGCCCGUUGCUCGAUGAAAAUUUUAAAGCGGAUGAGAAAUUAUCGCAAAAGACAAUGGCGAUGGAGGAGGUGCAAAAUUUAUUAAUGAAAGUUAAAGUGCAAACCGUGGAGGACGACGACGACGAAGAGAAGGCUGUAGGUAUUUCGCCCGAUGGAAGAUUCUUGAAAUUUGAAGAGGAAAUCGGUCGCGGUAGUUUUAAGACUGUUUAUCGUGGUUUAGAUACUCAAACGGGCGUAGCUGUAGCUUGGUGCGAAUUGCAGGAGAAAAAAUUGAAUAAAACGGAGAGAUUGCGAUUUAGAGAAGAAGCUGAAAUGUUAAAGGGACUGCAACAUCCAAAUAUUGUAAGAUUUUAUGACUAUUGGGAAGUUACACUUACUCGUAGAAAAUACAUUGUACUAGUCACUGAACUUAUGACAUCGGGAACAUUGAAAACGUAUCUGAGGAGAUUUAAAAAAAUCAAUCCCAAAGUGGUAAAAUCUUGGUGUCGGCAAAUUUUAAAGGGUUUGAGCUUUCUUCAUUCUAGAUCACCACCCAUUAUUCAUCGUGAUUUAAAAUGCGAUAAUAUUUUCAUCACUGGUACAACGGGAAGUGUAAAAAUUGGUGAUUUAGGUCUUGCGACAUUGAAAAAUCGCAGUUUCGCAAAAAGUGUUAUUGGAACGCCAGAAUUUAUGGCACCUGAAAUGUAUGAGGAACAUUACGACGAGUCGGUCGACGUUUACGCUUUUGGAAUGUGUAUGCUCGAAAUGGCUACUAGCGAAUAUCCAUAUUCUGAGUGUACAGGACCAGCACAAAUAUACAAACGUGUAGUAUCGGGUGUGAAACCACAGAGCUAUGAUAAAGUUGAAAACCCAGAAGUACGCGAUAUUAUAGAAAUGUGUAUACGUUUGAAGAAGGAGGAACGACCUCUCGUUAAGGAUUUACUCAAUCAUGAAUUCUUUGCUGAUGAUGUCGGCUUGAAAUUGGAAAUGGUGUCGCGAGAUUCAGCAGUCGCGGAUACUGAAUUGUCGCGUGUCGAAUUUAGAUUGCGCGUGUUAGAUCCUAAGAAACGCAGUAACAAGCACAAAGAGAACGAAGCGAUACAAUUUGACUUUGAUAUACAGGCUGAUAACGCGGAGGAGGUAGCGUUAGAAAUGGCAAAAUCCAGUCUCAUAUUGGAAGAAGAUGCUAAAGCGGUAGCCAAGAUGUUAAAAUCACAGAUUACAACCCUGUUGAGAGAAAGGGAGGAACGUAAAGCCAAAGAGGAAAAAGAACGCUUGGAUAGAGAAACAGCUACAGAUAUUGCAACUAAUGCUGCUGCAAACUCUGAAAAUUUGUUACAGCAACAAUUGUUGCUCCAACAAAUUCAAUUGCAACAACAACAACAGCAGCAACAAAUUCAAUCUAAUAUCGGUAUGCAAAUGCAAAAUCAAGUUCCGAUGCAAUUACAACAAACUCAAAUGCCUAUUCAACAGCAGCAAUUACAAUCGACUGCUCAACAAGCUCAACAGCAUAAUUUACAACCGCAACAGGUUCAAUUGGUCCAACAGCAACCGAUAAUACAACAGCAAACGUCGGUUGUGCAACCUCAACAAGCACAGCAAAUACAAUAUCAGCAGCAAAUACAACAGCAAUAUCAACAACAGCAACCAUAUGCUCAGCAUGUUCCACAAAAUUUGAACACAAAUUCUUCGCAAUGCUCGACUCCGCAAAACGUUCAGGGCCAACCUCAAUUUCCUCAAGUAUCGCAGCAAAUGCAGCAGCAACAACAACAGCAGCAUGUGCAUCAACAACAGCAAUACAUACAAUUGAAUCAAAUGAAUGUUCCACAACAAAUCCCUCAUCAGAUGCAGCAAAUGCAACCCCAAAUACAAAUGAUAUCGCAACAACAACACAUGCAUCAGCAACUUCAAUCGCAACAACAGCAAUACGCGACGCAACCGCAAAUCCAGCACGUUCAACAACUGCAUCAACAUUCCGUUGGUUCACAGACCGUUCAGAAUCAACAAUAUUAUCAACAGAACGCUACUGGUACUGCUUCGGGAUACGUAUCAGCAGGUUCUUUGUAUCAGCAGGCCAUGCCACAACAAAUAUUUCACACAUAUACGACAUCUAAUCCUUCCGGUCACGUCGAGAUUUUAUCGUCCACUCAAACAGCGACGCAAAUUUAUUCUCACGCCAGUCUACCCGGGAAUGCGGUGCCCGCAGCAACGUCUCAAUCGCAAUAUAUGCAAUCGGCGGGACAGGUCCAGGCGUCCAUGCCGUCAGGAAUGAAUGUCAAUAGUUCAUCUGCUGUGACUCACAUGCCAAACGUAUCGACUUCAACGAUCCCUAAUAUGCAGAAUACGCCUCCUUUGCUUGGCAAUGCCGGUCACCAGCCUCAGUCUCAACAAAAUAUCCUUGUACAAAUGCAAUAUUCGCAAAGUACGAACGUCAUGCCCAACUCUAUUUCAAUGACGCCCAACGUCGCGAAUGUUUCGUCACAAUCAUCUACGAAUCUGCAGCAGCAUCAACUCUUUCUUCCAAAUACGGAUCAAUGUCCCAAUGCGACCGAUAGAUCUUCAUUGGUAAAACAAGAUACAAUGGAUUCAAUACAAUCUUUGCCAUCAGAUAUACCAAUCAAUCCACAAGAUCAAGUAGUCCCAACAUCUGCUUCAGUUGCAACAAGUGUUGUACACCAGUUUGUAGCACAGCAGUCAUUGAACGAUGGAGUCACGCCGGAAAACUCUGAAAGUGUUACCACUUCUGAGAGGAACCGAGUGAAACGUUCAGGAACUAAGCGUAAAAAGCCAGGUAUUAAACUAACAGUCUUGUCUGUCAGCAAUAGUGAAGGACAAUCAAUGACUGUCGAAUGUCAGUUAGAUACGAGUAAACAGAAAACCGUUACUUUUAAAUUUGAUCGAGAUGAUAUGGUACCUACGGAUAUUGCUAAUAAUUUGGUUGCGGAAAAUCUUUUGCCACAGUCGCAAUGUGAGACAUUUGUAGAAUUGAUUGAAGAUAUUGUCAAACAAUUACGUUUGGAUCCUACACGUGCUCUACCUUUGGUAGCACAUGGUCCACCUGAUCAAUCUGCUGGUGGAAGUCCAGUUACAAGUCGACGUCCUCGGGAUCGCGACCACAGUCUCGAUACAGCUAAGCAGGUGAGACAUGGCUCGCUAACACGUCAAAGCAGCCACCGAUCGUCGUAUAAAAUCCACCGUAGACACCGUUCGAGAGACGAAACUUCAAAUACUUCUACCCCAACAAAACUAUUGCCAAUCGAUCAGAUUAUUUCUCAUAUUGCCAAUACUACUUCAGAAAAACAACAAAUCGCUCAGACACCUGAUAGUCAAACAGGCGCCGAAAGUACAUCGGCGGAAGCUUCCAGGAGAUCAUCUACAUCUACGCAAAACACCGAUACCUUGACUCCCACGAAUAUACCAAGCGAUCCAACAGAUAACCAAGAAACUGCCGUUUCUGCAACUUCUGCAGAAACAGUAGUGGACGCUCAUCAUAAUAUUCAAAAUGAUGUUAAUAACUCAGCUUUUAAAUCUUAUCAAAGUUCCACGAUACAUGCUCAAAUGCAAAUACAACAGGAUACAAUAAUGAGCACAGGUCAAGUAGUGAGCGAAGGAUCAAAAGAAUCUCAAGAACAGCAAGAUAUAAUAGAUAUAAAAGAAUCAGGAAUGACUAAAGAAACAAAUGCAUCCAACGCAGUUGCAGAAAUAUCUACCUUGACGGUGCCAACUGCAUCAGCACGUAAAGUAUCUCGCUUCUUAGUUAGUCCUGUAGUUGAACAAAAGAAUAUCACAGUCGAAGAAGAAUCUUCUGUUAAUGAAGCCGCAAAUCACACAUCGCAGUCAAAUCAAUCCAUUGCAUCUGCGGCGGAACCUGUAUUAAAAAAUGAGGAACACGUUGUAGAAGCGAAUGUUUCAGAGAUUCAGAGUAUGAAUCUUCAUGAACAAGCCAGCAGUAAUGAAAAUACAGUUGUUCAAGGAGUUCCAUAUACAAAUGUGGAACAAACGGAUAGCGUUCAACAGAUUUUACAGCCGGGACAACAGUCGGGACAACAGCCGGGACAACAGUCGGGACAACAGCCGCUUGGGCUGCAACAAAGUGUUAUCCAAGUACAAACUGUGCAACAAGUAACGGGACAUAUGCAACAAACCACGACCAUCAAUCAAUCGAAGCAGCAUACUAUAAUUGUACAAGGAGCCACAAUAAGUUCACAACAAACAUCUCAGCAAAUGCCUCAAACCAGCAACAUGCAGCAUUUUGUACCAGUAAAUUCACAGAAGGAAUUGCAGCCUCUCCAGCCACUUCAUACGAAUGCAAUAGCUCAGACACAGACGCAAUAUCCGAAUCAGACGAUAAUACAACAAUCUCCUGCUGUUGUGAUGCAACAACAACCACAACAACAAAUUCCUAUACAACAGAAUGUAAUACAACCGCAUAUGCAAGCGGAACAUCAGGGCCAGAUGCAACAAGCUCAGCGUGCUUCAACAGUACAACAGUUUGUCCAGCAGCAGCAACCAUCGACGCAACAAUAUGUGAUAUUGUCGGGACACAUGCAGUCGAUACAACCGAAUAUCGAUGAUCGAAAUCGUAGGGUAUCGAAUAUAUCUACCGCGUCUAAUGUAUCUAUGGAUUCUCAAAUUUCAGAAUCGUCCAGUAUACCUGAAGAAAAGAGACAAACUGUGGUAACAGCAACUAAUAUGCCUGCAGCAGCGCAUAUGCAACAUGUACAGGUUGUUUCGCAAGAUAUGCCAAAUACAAUGCCGAUGCAGCAACAAAGUGCUAGUGUAGAAACCGCUCAACAAACGCUUCAAACCACUCAUCAGAAUGUACAGCACAAUGCUUUGGGCACUGCAGUUCCGCAGUCUAUGCCAGUACCUCUUCCCGUACAUCCGGAUGUUUCUACGUCUAAGAUUAAGACGAAAGAGGUAUCAUCGACACUUCCAGAUCUCGCGCAAAAUUUGGCAAACAUACUUUCGAAUCCUAAAUCCAAAUCCGCUACGCCUCAUCCUUUAACUAACAGCCACGAACCACCCGCCAUGCCUAAUCCUACUAUUGUUGCUGCCCCCACGUUAGUCGACUAUAAACCCAUACAAUCUGAGCAAUAUUUUCAACCUAUACAACCGGAAGUAAGUCAGCUGCAGAUUCAACCACCCAUUCAACAUAAUUAUCAAGGACAGAUUGUGCAUCAGGGAUAUCAGGGACAGCAAAACUUUCAACAAACGUUCCCAAAUCAGCAAUUGCUUCAUCAAAAUCAAACACAACCAACACUGCAAUCAAUUCCGUUAACAAUCCCACAACAGAUUGAUUUACAAUCGCAAAUGAUGCAAUCAAAUCUUGUAACAGGACAAGCUCAAGGAAAGUGGUUUAUUUCAACUAAUCAAUCUAAUUCUCUACAACAGCAGCAGUCGAUGUUACGACAUAUGCAAUCGAAUCAACCGUUCCAAAAUCAAUUGCAACAAAUCCCGAUGCAACCUCAAAUGCAACAGCAAACUAUGCAAGACCAGCAUAGCGAAUCUUCCAUCGUAUUAGAUCAAUCGCACUUACAUUUAAAGCUUCCAGAUCAGCAACCGGCAAAACUUUUAGAGGUUGAAAAUUUGGAAUCUUCAAAUUUAAAUUGCAUACGUCGCACUAGUUCCGAUUGCCAAUUACUUACAUCCGAGAAUGAAAAUUCGAGUCACGACGUGACACCCGAGCAUACUCUUAUUGAAUCCAUCGAUUCUACAUCGACUCUACAACAAUUGUCGCAACCACAUCAACAGUUACUACAACAACAGCAACAACAGCAGCAGCAGCAUCGCAAACUCAGUCAACAGAAUUCGUUGGACAAAGUUUCGGAUAUAAGCAGUGUCGGAAGUAUCGGAAGUAGUACAGGACCGCAAACCAUAGCCGACUUGCAUCAGAAACUCGUACAAUUAACUAGUCAGCCAUCGGAAGCAUUAAAUGUCGGUACACCACCUAUAAGCUAUCCUGCUACGCCUCAUAAUCAUCAAAUAGUCGGGGGACACGAUACGUACAUGCAUUCUUUGCAGCAGAAACUGUUUAAUAUCGGUGUGCCAGUCUCAUCGACAAAUGCUGCCGCAUGCCCCUUAUCUCCUCAGACAACGAUACAUUCCUCUACUGUUCUUACUGAUACGCAAGUCAGUGAUGCUACUGUUGAAGGCUCUGCUAUAAUUCAGGAAAGUUCUGGCACACUUUCUCAAACUAAUGUGGAAUGUUCUCUUGAUAGUCCAACACCGGGAGUAGCUCCCGUAGCACCCGAAACUAUGAGUCCAAGUAAAGAGAAUGUUAAAGUACGAGCUCAAAGACCGGGAUCCCGUUUGCAAGAAUUAGAGCAAGAAUUGGCAAAGAUACAUCAUAGAGGCUCAGUUUUCGCGGCACCUCCGACACAGCCAUUAACGCCGCCUAUAUCUAUACAAACGCAGCAACAACUUGCCCAAAAUUUAUUAACAACUGCUCUGCCAGUGUCGACUAGCGUACCUGUGGCAACUAUCGCUUCUAAUGUUGUAACACCGCGAUCUGGUACCAAUACUCCAAUUCAACCCGAACUUCAAGAUAGUAGUAAUGAGAAGGUAAAUCCUGCUCAACCUAUCCGAAAAGUAUCGAGAUUCGUAGUUUCCAAAGUUGCAGGUCCACCUGCUCAUAAUAUUAUUAAUCAACAACAGGUUACUGACGCUGCGCGAACUCAAUUGCAACAAAUGGAAGAAUUAAAAACUUCAGAACGGCAAACUGUUCAUCAGACAGAUGAUCUACAUGGUGUACCUAUGCAAGUACCUCAUAGUCGAGAGAAUUCUGUUCCGCCAAUUGUUCAAACAGCUCAUGGUACUAAUAUUUUAAGUGCUGAACCUGAAAAAGAAGAAAGAAUUGUCGUUCUUACACCAAGUGAAGAAUAUCAAUUGCUUAUAAAAAGGCAAACUCUGGAAUUGGAAACAUUGCAAAAAAGACAUAGAGAAGAGUUGGAACGUUUCCAACAGCAUCAGUUACAAUUACUUAUUCAGCAGCAGCAACAAGCAAGCGCACUACAUCAACAUCAGCAUCACCCAGCAUUACUUUACCACACUGUUGCCACAAAUAUUUCUGGAUCUAGAAUUCCGGAAGACUAUUUUAUGUUCAGCACUGCACCCCAAACUCCAUUGCAGAAAGGACCGAACAACUAUCCAGACACAGAUGAGACUCUACGGUUAGCCAUGCAAAAAUUGAAACAAACCCCGUUGCAGCUUCAACCUCAGCAGGCAUCGGCUGGAAUACCGCAUGCUUAUGUUAUCCCAAUUCCAGUAGUGCCUUCCGAAAAUAUGCAAAGUGUAGUCUCUCAACAGAGUAAUAACUGUUCGAAUGAUUUAUCCGAAGGAAUCGAUUCGAUUCAUAGCACGGCAGUUUGCAAUCCGACGCAGUACCAAUUCGCUCCUAUAUUGUCUGAAGGAGGGAAUAUUUCGUCGACAACUGUACCCACGCCCUUGUCGAUAUCUAAUUCGACUUAUGUUCAAUAUCACGAAGGCCAGCCGUUGCCGAAUUUCCAAGCUUUCAGCUGUACACCCCACGGCGGUAUCUUCUUACCAGCUGGGUAUCGGCUGAUAUACGCACCUGCCGGAACGACUCCAUCUCAACCGGCGACCCCCGCCGUGUCUCACAUAGUAAGUUCUUCGCGCGAUAACGAUACGCCUCCAACGGCGGAGUCGCAUUAUUCGACCACCGCCGCCGAAAAUUCGACGGUUCCCCCCUUGGAUCAAUAAUGCGAUACUCUGCUCAUACGCUUCUAUAUUUUUUCCGGUCGAUCUGUGCUCAUUCUUAGUUUAAUGCGUUCGAUAUCGUCUAUAGUGCGAGGUUUCGUAUUUUAUCAUCGCGAAUGUAACUCAAAUAUAUAAUUUGCUGUGAAAUGCGCGCGCCUCGCGUUGCUAGACAUUACUACGAAGGUGUGAAGACGGAUUAAAAAUAAAAAAAAAAAAGAAAAAAAAGCGUGAAUGGAAAUAUAUAUAAUGUUUUUCGAUGUGUACGACGUCCUUGCGUAUAUUAAAAUAAGAUAUCAAAUAUUCUCGCUAUAUAUCUGAGCGUGUGCAUGAUAUUACUUUGAUAUGUGCCUCGCAGCGGAAAUGAAGGAGAAAUCAUGUGGGAAAAUAUUGCGACAAGGAAACGAUAUCUAAAUUUUUCCGAAUGUAACACAGGAACUUGAGAUAGAGGCCUUUACAUGUACUGUGCUUUGAAAUGCAUUAAAGAGAAAAAAGAGGAAAAAAAAAGAAAAAGAAAAAUCUUCCUUUGCUGAGAUCUCUAAAAGACUCAAUCACUCGAUUCCUUUGGUAGCACAGCUCAUUAGUACAGGCCUCCGCUAGUCUUACGAUCGUGAUGGCACAUGGCCAUUCUGCUCGCGAUAUAUAUGUAUAUGUUACUGUAUGCUUGAAUGUGUCCAGAAACAAGCGAAUAGAGAUUGAGUAAGCGGAAGUGAUAGGGACAAAGAGCAAAAAUGGAUGGAAAGUUAGAGAAUGAAAGAAAUAGGAGAGAAGAGAAAAGAAUGAAUAUAUGUAUGUAUGUACGAUGAAUGUAUAGUGCGAAUGUGUCUCUGUAUGUAUGCAUACGAUUGUGCAAAUAUGUAUGUAUCAGAAGUAAUUAGAGACAGAGAGAGAAAUAUGAGUAAUAUAGUCACUGUUAUGCUUUAAUGUAUUUCUAGCGAUUUUGCCUAUUUCAAUUAAAGAAGAAAAGUCAUGUGUUACUAGUUAGCAAACCCAUAUAUAUAUAUAUAUCUCGUUUACUAUUGAUGAUUAUGUCUUCUUUUAAAAUUGGUAGUAACCUUCUAACUACCAUUGUUUAUUUUGACACACGUAAAUAUAGUGUAAUUUUGAAAAAUUUCUGAUGCCAUUUUGGUAUAGAUAUUAUGUUGACGAAUGUUGACACAAAUCGAGCAUUACCCUUUCUAAUCGAUCUGAGCAAUAUAUUACUGUCACAUAUUA